AUGAAGGUCUCCACCACCGCUUUCACCCUCGUCUGGGCCUUUGGCACCCUCGCCUUCGCCGCACCUGCUGAGUCCGGCAACGGCCUGGCCGCCCGGGAGCCCAAGAGCGCCGUCGAGCUCGCCUCCGAGGCCGUGCUCGAGACCGAGCCCCAGGUGCAGAGGCGCCAGAACGAGUACGACGACAACAACAUUAGCACUUUUGCGCCCCACGAGAAGCGCCAGGAGGACGAGACCGAGGUCGCUUUCUCCCAGAACGAGAAGCGCGGCGACUUCGACGACGACAAGGAAGACGAGUUCAGCGACGUGGACGGUUGGUGA